GAACUUUUUUAGUGCCCAGUUAUUUUGCUACAAAACGAUCACAGACCUGGUGACGUCACGCUCGAGUAAAGCUUACAUUACAUGUCCCCCAGGUGACCGAUGCUCAUCUGAGUUGCGUCGGCUCUGAUAGUUCUGCGAAACAUCGUCGCUAUGGCUAGUACCUUCGUUCACCGUUUGUUUCCAAACACAAAACGGAUUGACUUCUUUUCAAACCUUCAAAAUAAUGUAAGUACAUUGAUUUACGGAGCAAUGCUCAUGACAACGGCUAUGUGGGCAGUCCAUGACUAUCGAGACUGGUUGUACUAUGGAACCGGUGGAACACCACCCACUAUCGGCGGUUGGCUAAAAAUGAAUAAAUUACGUGUCGUACUGGCUUUUAACUACCUGUGCGGAGAUGACUUGCGGGAUCCUUCUACAUUGCCCCGGAUGGGACCUCAGUACCUCAAGUCCCUGACGGUCAGACCAGGCGGACAUCCAUCCCUCAGACCUAGAACACUGCCACAGCGCCAGUUUUCAGAGACCAUUGAGCCGCGGGCUCGAGAAGUCCUUAUCGGCUUGAUGAAACAUUUACAUUCCCAAUACUCGGACAUCCUCAGACUUAGCUUAUCCAAUGCUGAAGGUGGUGCCGCGGACGCCAUCUAUGCGCGUCCGGAAUCUCCAGCCUGCAAUCCCGAAGCGCAGAAAGUCGGCUUUGAAAUCGCCCACACCCAUCCCGAGGACAAUUCACUUCAUAUGCUACUCUCUCCAGCCGACGCUCGCGCCGUUUUGGAAGCGGGUUGGGGCCGUCGGUUUGCGGAUCCAUCGUCGGUGCCCCCGGGGUGGAUCAUGGUGUAUGCGCCACGGGACCUCGAGGAGGUGAACCUAGUCCGACGUAUGGUCGAAGCUGCGAUUCGAUGGACAACUGGGGCAGACAUUUAGGUUCUAUCACGCCACAGAGUCACAGCUCUAGA